AAAUUAUAUUAAUAAACCAUAUCUUGAACAUAAUAGAUAUAAAUAUAUAUCUAUUGAUGAAUUAGAUAAGCUAUCACAAAAAUCAUUUCCAUUGUGCAUGAGAUUGCUUCAUGAAGCAUUACAAAAAAAUCAUCAUCUCACAAAUGGUGGUAGAGUUCAAUAUGGCUUGUUUCUUAAAGGAAUAGGUCUUAAAUUACAUGAUGCAAUACAAUUUUGGAAAGAUGAAUUUACAAAAAAAAUGGAUGAAAAAACUUUUGAAAAACAAUAUAGAUAUGGCAUACGAUUUCUAUAUGGACAGGAAGGAAAACGUGCAGAUUAUGAACCAUUUCAUUGUUUUAAGAUAUUUAAUUCUAAUGUUGGUUUACGAGAUAAUCAUGGUUGUCCGUUUAAAUGUAUGACAUUUGAUCUACUAAAACAGACACUCUCAAAUUAUGGAUUAAUACAUUUAGAUAUAGAAUCAAUAAUUCAACAUGUAAAAAAAAAAUCUUAUCUUGAAGCAUGCAAAACUUAUUAUGAAAUUACACACAAUUGUAUUAUAGAUAAUACCUUUAAGCAUCCAAAUAUAUAUUUUAAUUCUAUUGGAUAG